UAAAAAUUAAAUUAAUUUUUUUUUUAUAAUUUCAAAUAGGGCACCUACAGAUUCAGGACCGGCUCUGCCUAUAGUAUAUAUUACACAGCACGAAGAGAGAGAAAUGUAUACAUACAUGGAGUAGUUAGUUCAAGAUCAAAGAUAGAAUCAGCUUAACUCAACUGAGCAUCAUGGGUCGAUCUCAAGAAAAGGGUCAGGGUCCGAUAUACAACAUGAGGUUAUCGACGGUGGGUGCAACCAGAGCGACAGAAACUGGUACGACCCAUGAACCAACGGGUUUAGAUCUAGCUAUGAAGCUCCACUAUCUCAAGGCGGCGUACAUUUACACGCCCGAGAUGGCACGUGACUUGAGCGUGACACACGUGAAGGAGGCUAUUUUCAAGCUGUUCGACCAGAUCGCAUGGACCACAGGAAGGUUAUGGCGGAGAGACUCGGGGCGUCCGUAUAUCAAAUGCAACGACUGUGGGGCGCGUUUCGUGGAAGGUAAAUGCAAUUUCACGGUGGAAGAGUGGCUUAGUAAACCGGACCGGUCAGUUGAUGAGUUUCUGGUUUACCAUCAACCUGUUGGGCCGGAGUUGCCUUUCUCUCCUCUGAUCUAUGUUCAGAGAAUGAAGCGCACGAAAACAUCAGCAAAGAAGAACACACAAGAAGAGGGUUCGUCUCAGCGAGAGACGCAAAGGCCAAAGAAGUGGGAUAAGUCUGAUACGACCCACUAUAACAACAUGAAGAAGGUAGCCGUUCCGGCUACACAACUAGCAUGUCCUGAGACGAUGACAAUAUUGGGAAUCAAAGCAGACAUUGAAGGGCUAUUCCAGAACAUGGGUCUAGGCCAACUAUGCAACCUCAAGGAACCCACUUAUCCGGAGUUGGUACGCCAGUUCAUAGCAUCCGCAUACGUCAGCCGUCCCGAUGAUAGCCAUCAGGAAGGUUUUCUGGCAUUCGUAGUGCAGAAAGUAUACUAUGAGGUAUCUUUCACAGACCUCUGCGGACUAUUUGGAUUGAGUGCGGGGGAGACGACAUCUGGUCUUUAUUGGACUUCAGAGCUGUUGAACUUCUGGGAAACGAUUGGCACAGGGGUUUAUAGAUCUUCUCAGGCAAAGGAGUCACUUACCCGGAGCCCAGUACUGAGAUAUGCGACACGCCUCAUUGGCUCAUUGCUAUACGGGACAACCACAGCCGCAUCAGUCACGCAAUGGGAGUUGUGCCUCCUAUACCAAGGUGUGAGGCAUUUGCUACCAGCAUUUGGAAACUCUACAUUCCCACCUGCUACUGCCUUCAACAUGGGAGCGGUGCUGGCCGCAAACAUAGCAGGAUACAAGGGGAAAGUAACCAAAUUCAAGAGCAAUGCAUGUGGAUUUGGUGCAGUGAUUACUCGGAUCCUUAGACAUGUGGGUGUAGACUGCCAGAACCAGCAGGUAGCACUGGACAGAUCAAACAACAUUGCUUGGAACUACCUGGAUGUCAUUUCUCUAGUAAGUAAGGAGUUCAUAGCUGGUCCCCACUCAAGGAUCGAUCGGGAUGGUCCUUACGUCUACGUAUUCCAGGACCGAGCGAAGAAAACACUCUACUGCCACCUGCCUCAGAUCGGCCUGACUGCUCUACUUUCAGAGGCUGCAGUUGAGUUCCUACCCCCUGCUACCGCACUAGUAGACAAGCCAUCCUUCUUCACGCCAAAAUAUCAGACCAAAGGCAAGGCCGUGGUUGAUGAAGAAGGAGAAGAUGAGGCUGCACAAGCCAUUCCAGAUGAUUCACAACCCCAUCAGCUACUCCCAUCAGACUCCAGCCAGUACAAGCUGCAAGAGCUUCCACCGAACGCCACUUCGCGCCAGCAACAACAUUGGAGAGAUCAGAGCAUAAAGACAAACAACGACAUGCUACACAAGAUCUGGGCUGCCAUUUCACGUAUCAGGCCGUGUCGUUGCCAAAAAGGAUGAUGUAGUUCAUCGGGACAACUCUCCAUCCAGCUCUGGUUCGGGUUCGAGUGGUACACACAGGGUAAGAAAGAGGUCCAAGAGACCCAACGAUGCAGGAACAUCUGGAGCAGGAGACGAGGAGUAGGAGCUAUCACCGGCCAGUAUUGCCAUUUGAUUUCCGACCGCGCUAUUUUAUUUUCUUUUUUAUUCUAACGUUUUAUGGUCUUAUUUUCUGUUAAUUUUGAACUUAGUUUUUUUUUUCUUAAUUAUGAGUUCGUAUUUCUUUUA